GAGCGGCUCGUUCGGGCCCAGCGCCGCCCCCGCCGCCAUGGCCGCGCUCAGAGUUUGGAGUAUGUGAGAAGCUGCCAGAGGAAUCACUCACAUUUUAAUUUCUGCUUCAUCAGAUGCUCCUGCCCUGCCCUGUGCCUCCAGGAGUGUGACCAGAGCAGAAGAUGGUGGCCUUUAACUGGAAGGCUCUGGAGAGCUUCCCACUGCUGAUGUACAUUUUGGCAGCUAAAACAUUGAUCCUUUGCUUGGCCUUUGCUGGAGUCAAAAUGUACCAGAGCAAGAAAAUUGAGGAGAAGCUGAAGAGGGAACGUGAGGAGAAGCUGAAAGCAGAAGCAGAGAAGAAGGAUGAGUGAAGAGUCCCUCAGGCAGCUUCAUUCUCUGCAAUGAAUUCCCGAAAAUUGCCAGGUCACCAGGAGCCUGCCAGGACCUGUCCUGUGGCACAGGAGGAGCCCCAGCCUGUUCCUGAUCCCAGCCCAUCCCAAAUCCUGGCUCACAGCCACUUCCAGCUCCUGCCGCUGUGACUCAGCCCUGGCAGCAAAACUCAUCACCCUUUAAUUGAGCCUGGGGAACAAACACAAUAAAAAUGAUAAAACAAUGAA